UGGAGACGGAGACGGCAGCGUCGUGUUCUGCUUCUGCAAUCUGCAGUUAACAGCUGACAUUUGCUUCGUCUUCUGCUGAAGUUUGUUGAGUUUGUUUGUAAAUUUGUGGUGAGAGAUAAAUGUAGUUUUCUCAGUAAACAAUAAUAAAAAUCUAAACUAAUGACUCUAGAUUAAACCAGUGAUAUCUGAUGAUCAGUGCGAAUUGAGUGUAAUUUCAAACCCCAGUGUAGUGUUUACAUAUUAUAGAACAUAUUUUCAAAGUUAUAAAUGUAUGAAGAUUAAAUUUCGCUGUUUUGGCCAUGAUCAAUUAAGACAAGAGUAUCCAGUGGCAUGUUGACCAGAAGCUCGCAGUGGCUUGUCCUCUCGCCGGGAGUGUAAUGUGCUGAGCGCCGCUGUGUGACUAAGACGAGAGAUGGCAACUAGUGGUGGAGGGGGAGGCGGGGUCUGUCAUGGCCACCGCCGCCAGGAGUCCAUGUAUGCCAUGACUGGGCUCUACUCGGAGACCACAGACACAGAGGACUGUAAUAACACAGACACGGAUGCUGGUACCAGCCGCAGCCCAGGGCCGGCUCCCUGCUACGACACAGUUGUCAAGUGUCACAGUCGCAAUCCCUCCUCCGGCCUCGUCGACAAUAACGAGAGAGCUCGCACAGAGGCAAAGGAGAAAAGCCAUCCUUCGUUUGCUGAAGUGGCAGCUAUUUUACCUCAGGACAUUCAAGACUGUGGAAUCCUAGCCUGUAGGCCUUUCCUCAUUCAAGGCUUUGCUAGUAUUAAAGUGUUUGUGUUCUUCCUGUCAUUCCUGGUGACCCUGCAGCAGGCUCUGAGUUCAGGGUACAUCAACUCUGUGAUCACAACGAUAGAGAAGAGGUUCGAAAUCCCGUCCAGUCUGUCGGGCCUCAUCGCUUCCAGCUACGAGAUCGGCAAUGUCAUUACUGUUAUCUUCGUCAGCUACCUAGGCAGCCGCCGCCACAUCCCCGUCUGGAUCGGCAUAGGAGCGGUGAUCAUGGGUAUUGGAUCACUGAUCUUCAUGCUGCCGCACUUCACCGCAGAAUCACUUCACAGUUCCGCCCAUCCCAACUCCACUUCGGACAACAUAUGCAGAGUGGUGCCAGUCCGGGAGCAGGAGAUGGACUUUGGCAGGCUGUCCUCAGGCUUGUCUUCACCACCUCUAGGACCUCACAAUAAUCUCAGAGAGAACUGUAUUGAAGGCAUGCCCAGCAACACUGGUCCUGUGAUGUUGUUUCUGCUAGCCCAGCUUCUGUUGGGUUGUGGGGGUUCACCGUUGUUCACCCUCGGCACCACCUACAUUGAUGAUCAUGUCAAAGCUGAAAACUCUUCACUCUAUAUUGGUUGCAUGUACAGUAUGGCGGCUUUCGGACCUGUGCUUGGGUUCCUUCUAGGAGCCUACUUGUUGUCUUUCCACAUGGAUGCCUUAUCCACUGCAAUAAUCAGCAUAGGACCUGGAGACAGACACUGGGUGGGGAUGUGGUGGGGAGGAUUUCUAUUCUGUGGGCUUCUGCUGCUCAUCGUGGCCAUUCCUUUCUUCUCCUUCCCCAAAGUUCUCACUAGAGAGAAAGAGAAGAUCAGAUUGAUGGAGAAGUCGACACUCUCAGGUUUGAGCUCAAGACCACCAGAGGGAACCACUCCACAGCCCACCAAAACUGCUGACAGAGAUUCAGGAUACGGAAAAGAUGUAAAAGACAUCCCCAUGUCCAUGUGGAGAUUGCUGUGUAACCCUGUGUACGUGGUGACCUGCCUGGGAGCCUGCAUGGAACUGGUCAUAGUCUCUGGCUUCGUCGUCUUCUUGCCCAAGUACCUGGAGACUCAGUUCAGCCUGGGCAAGAGUCAAGCCAGCGUCUUUACAGGUUCCAUAGCUAUUCCUGGUGCAUGUAUCGGUAUCUUCAUGGGUGGAUGUCUGCUGAAGAGGUUUGAGAUGAGGCCGAAGGGGGCAGUGCAGUUUGUGCUCAUCUCGAACACACUCUGCCUCUCCUGCUACGGUCUCCUCUUCUUCUUGGGCUGUGACAACGUCAAAAUGGCAGGCACCACGAUCCCUUACUACAAUAGUUCGCGAGCAGAACCAUUCCAGGUGAACCUGACAGCAGCCUGUAACUUUGGCUGUGAGUGUCACACAACAGACGUGGAGCCUGUCUGUGGCAACAACGGACUCACGUACUUCAGCCCUUGUCAUGCCGGCUGUACUGAGCUCUCCUCUCGCUCCAACUACACCAACUGUGCCUGCAUUCACGGGAAUCUGAGCUCAGUGACAGCCCCGUUCUCAUCGGAGAUGGGAGAGGUGACGGUGGUACCCGUGGCCACUGCGGGGCCCUGCAACACUUCCUGUAGGACCAUAUUUCCGUUCCUCAUAUUGUUGUUUUUCAUGACGUUUGUUGUUGCUGUCACCCAAAUGCCUCUACUUAUGAUUGUGCUCAGGUCUGUGAAUGAAGAGGAACGAUCAUUUGCUCUCGGCAUGCAGUUUGUUAUAUUCCGACUGUUUGGCUACAUUCCUGCGCCAAUACUGUUUGGAAACCUCAUCGAUUCCACAUGUUUAUUGUGGAAGUCAACUUGCGGUGAGAAGGCUGGUCGUUGUCUCCUCUACGACAUUGAACAGUUCCGUUAUAGGUAUGUGGGGCUCUGCUGUGGCAUCAAGAUCCUAGCCCUGUCACUAUUCUUGGUAGAUUGGUGGCUGAUCAGGAGACGGAGACAUCUAGAGGACCUGCCAGCUGUACUCACUGUCAAUGAUCUGGUCACUUCGGGCUCAAUCAUCAGUCUGGACAAAUUGUUUGAGGAGAAGCCGCCAGUGCUGUCAGUAGACAGUUCUCCCGUCAGCUGCGGAGGCCAGGAGGAGGCAGAGUCACUACCUAGCCCGCGCGCGCCACUGUGCCAGCCGGAGACCACUGGCAGCGAAUCCACGUGAAACAUUGUGACUAUAGUGAAACAGACACCCCUCGCGGCAGUCACACGCUUUCAUAGCACAAAUAAGUUUGAUGUGUUUUUUUUAUUUUUGUAUCCAAUUAAUUAAUUUAUGCCCUUUAGGUUGAUUUCUGACAUUACUGAGUUACAGUUGGGAUAACUGCUCAUAACUGCUGUGUGAUUGUCCUCCAUUGUCCAAUGGUAUUCUCUUACUGAAAUAACACGCUGCAAUCUUAAUUUACUCCAUCGUAUUCCUAUACUGAACAAUGUUUUAAAUUUUUUAACAGUCUGUUUAGUUUUAUAAGCUUAAAAUUUUAAUACAUUAUCUGUAUGUAAACAAAUAUUUGUGUAUUGUGUUGUAUUUUUAAUUCAAAUUAGACUAUAUUUGUUUCAAUCCAGAUUCAUAGGUAAGACAUGAUUGAGUCUUUAGAAAUAUUUUGAAAUUUUACUCUCACACAAAAUCUUUUAAAGAUUUUUGUAACGUUACCAUAGUGGUACUCAAUUGUAACAUUUUAAACAUGCACUAAUGUAUGGCAAACACAGCUUCUAUGUAAAAUUAUUAUGGAUAAAGUGUUUUAUAAUGUAGUAUUUUUUUUCAAUAUUAUACAUUAAAACUUCAUUUGAUUUAAAUAACAUGGUGAUAUGAAAGUUUUGAGUAUAGGGAAAGCAUGAUUAUAAUAACAAUAUUUUUUAACUUAAAUUGUAUCUAACUUUUUUAUUUAUUUUAUUAUAUACUUGUUAAUAUCAUUGUUCUUUCUUUGAAGGUUUUAAGAGUAAUACAAUUUUAUUUCUGUACACAAAUUUACAUAUCAAAUGAAUUUUUUAUCAUGUUUUACACAAGAAUUGUUUAUAAGGAAGCAAAAAGUGUACAUAUUACUGACCUUUUCGCUACAAAUAAUUAUUUUAUGUCAGUGUAAAAAUGCAUAGUUGCAACUGCACCCCAACCUUACUUUUACAGUGUAAAACUGUGCCAAGUCUUACUGAUAGAGUGCACAACUCUCCUACAGGUCCAGAUGAUGGACACAAACCUAUAAAAAAUCCCAUCUUUUCAUUGAGUACUAGCUUUAAAAUUAUGUUCACAACAGUUAGGACUAAGAUUGGUGUUGGAGCUCAUGCCCUAACCUGUGAGGGCUAUCCAGAAGGUAACUGAUGUUUUGAAAUAAAAGAUCAACCAACUGAAAUAUUAACAUUUUAUUAUACACAUUUAAAAGCUACACUCUUAGGAUCCAAGACUUCUCUUGUACGAUUGGCUGUAUGGAGACGUGCAUUGUCGUGGAAAAACUAAAUUUUUUAGCACAAUUUUCCCAUACGCUUGAUUUGCAUAGCUUCUGCAAUGAUUGUUGAUCCUCGUUCAAGGAAAUCAACCAGAAUCGUACACCCUUAGCAUCCCAAAAAACAGUUGCCAUCAUAUUUCUAGCUGACAGAGUUUGGAGACGUUUUAUUGGUUUUUUGGAGAAUGUGUGUGUGGCCCCAUUCCAUAGGCUGCAUUUUUGUUUCACAAUUGAUAUGCUUCACCCAUAUUUAUUACCAGUAAUGAUACGAUUGAGAAGUUCAUUACCAUGCUUGUCGUAUUCAUCAAGGAAAGUUAACGAUGCAGCAAGUCUUUAUUUUUGGUGAUCUUCUGUAAGGAUUUUUGGAACCCACCUGGCACAAAGAUUUGUGGUAACUGAGCUUCCCUACAACAAUUUCAUGAAGUAAACUUCGUAAAAUCUGUGGGAAAUGUUCUGAGAGUUCAGUAAUUGUAAAACAGUGAUUUUCACAAACAUUGUCAUUGAUUUUCAACAUCAAUUCUUCAGUCACUAGUCUAGGCCAACUGCUACGACUAUUGUCAUGAACAUUGGUGCGGCCUUUUUUAAAGUCAAUACACCACUGUCUUACUCUACUUUCACUCAUUAUUCCCAUUCCAUAAACUUCUCACAGUUGGUGAUAGAUUUCAAUUGGUUUAUGGUUUUUUUUAUCAACAAAAACCUUAUUCACAAGUGGUGGGAUUUUCAAUUGCAUCACAUGUUUUAAUUAAUCAUAGUGAGAAAAUUAAAAGAGAUACAGACUUUACACGACUACAGCUCGAUGUGUACUGAACACCAGAGUGUUUUGACACCAAGAUGGCAGCUAUAGGCACGCCCGUUGCCGCACCAUUCAAAAACAUCUGUUACUUUCUGGAUAGCCCUCGUAUCUCUCGCUUCUUCGAUGUUUAUACAGAUCUAGAACUAAAUGGCUCUUCUAUGAACGUAGUCUCACUUAGUUAUAUUUUCCAUAAAUCAGUUAAAUUAUGUUCGGUAUGGCCACCAUAUGUAUGGUAUAACUCUAGAAAGUGUAUCUGGAGCAGGAAGAUAGGUAGAAUUUUCUUUCAUCUCCUUGACUCCAGCUAUCAAUGUAUAGAUAAAGGGUGUAUUGCCAGUUAACUAUAAUUAAAUAUAUUAUUUAAUAUUCGUGGGGAAAAAAUUACUUAUGUAAUUAAAAAAUGAAAAUAAUUUAAUUAAAACAUUUUAAAAAUUGAUGACAUGUUAGAAAAUGUUUAAUUUAAACAAGUUAUAUAAUGUGUUAUCAUCAGAUUAUAAAUGAAAUUCGUUGUGAAUAAAAUAGAAAAAAACCAAUAUUCAAGCUUUAUUAUUAGAAACUAUUGUGUUUUUUUAGUAAUGUACAGGGGGAAAUAGAAUUUUCAGCUGUGAAAACAUGGGGAAUUAACAUGUUAAAAAUGCCUGGCACUCUAUACAACAAUCCAUAAUGAAUCCUUAAAAGAUUCAACAUGACUUUUGAAUUUUGUCGUGUGAUGUAAGGUUUAACUGCUAAAAAAUAAUAUCAAACAAUCUUAAGGUUUCUUAGAAGCUGAUACCUGAUUUCCAUUUAAAAUAAGACUGAUUUAUAUUGGUUUUCAAUAUAUUAUUUCACUUAAUAGUUUAAAGUGGAAUAUUAAGGAAUUGUUCAAUAAAAUUCAUGCAAUGUCUUGAAUAAUUUUAAAAGAGUUGAAUUCCGUUGAAAACCCCUUUUACAGAAAAAACUUUUUCAGUUUCAAUAAAUAAUUUGUCAUUGUGCUUGGCUUUCACUUUAGAACCUCACCUUUUCAUAUUAUAUGUACCUGUUCUUUGUGAGUACUUAAUGUCAUUAUCAUCCCUUCUUCCUUAUAAAUAUAUCUUGUUUCUCUUAACAGUUAGAUGAUAAUAUUAUAUUUUGUAUGGUUGCAACCCUCACUUCCUCUGAAACUUUGGCUCAAAUCUGUAAUUUAAAAUUUAGUUCUUCCAAAAGUAUUGUGAUAUGAAUAUUUUUUUAAUAAAGGUUAGUGAUAGUAGAAAUACAUUAUGGCUUCUUAAAGUUAAGCUGUCUUACUUUAAUUUUAAGCUAUAACCAAUUGUUUAAAUCACCUGAUAAUUUUCUUUUCGUCUAAUUUUUGCAUUGUGAACAGAGAUCUGUCAUUUGUUAUUUACUAUAGUAGUAUUUAACUUUUUUAAUAAUUACUUAUAAUUUCUUAUGUGCGAGUAAUUUGAUAUAGUAAUGAAGUGAUGAAAAUGUUGUGAUAGAUCUUUUUGUUGUUUGUUGGCUCUAUACGAGGUACGGAUGUAUAUAUUUAGGUGAAUUGUUAACAUUAAUUUUCAUUAAUAUUUAUUGAUGGACCAACACAUUUACAUGUAAACGGAUGUAAAAAGGCUGCUGUUUUUUUCUUUUUUUAUUAUUGUUAUGACUAAUUUUAAGGUAUGAUAUCAUAAAAUAUUAUCAAUGGUAGUGAUGUGGGUCUUGAGCUGAGUUUUGUAUAUCAAUUUGUAUUACAAAAAUAAAAUUUAUCGUCAUCUUAGGAAUAUAUUCCGGUAGUGUCUUUCACAGUUGUAUGUACUUUUAUACUCUCUUGUAUUUUAUGUUUAUGUAAUUUUUAUUUUUUAGUACUUUAUUUGCUAUAGUAUAAUUUUAAUCACAUGCAUAGUAUACAAUGAUAUACAAUUAAUUGUGCAAAUAAAUAUGUAGGUGUUUGAACAACACUAAUGCAGUAUCACUUACACAGAACAAAAGUUAAAUUAAAAUUCAAUUGAAUUAGAGUACACCUUACUUAUUCUUACUUAAUUUGAAGUAAUGCUUCUGAUUCUCCAGCUGUUUGCCAAAAUAGUUUACAAUAUGAAUUGUAAUUUAGAAAUGCAUUUAUUGUUUUAUUAAGAGCUGAGAAUUAGUCAAAGACAAUGUGAACCAAUAUUCUCACUUGUUUACUUUGGUUCAGCCAGAAGGUUAUCUCCAGUAGGUAUGCACUGUUUAUUGUGUAGCCUACCUGUGUACGUAUUUGGUUGGGAUACAAGUAAUAAAAUUAUAUUGUUUAAGAAAGAGUUAAGUUAACAUUAAGGUAGGUAGGACAGGACAUUUUUCUACCUUAUUUACUGAUUUGUUUCUACGUUUCUUAAAACUUAAAGUUAUGGAUUUACUUUGAAUUUCUCUAGUAAAAGUUAGUGUUAAGUUUAUAUUUUAAUAAUGUAGUAUCUUCACACAAAAAAUCAAUCCACAUUAAUUUAUUUAGAUAUGUAUGAAACAAAAAGUUGUAAAAGUGUUUUAAAUCUGGUAUAUGUAUCUGGUGGUGAUGUGGUAUGUAUCUGGUGGUGAUGUGGUAUUUAUCUGGUAUGUAUAUGUAUGUAUUAGUUUCAACCACUGUUAAUCUUCAAACUCGAGGUGUAACUUUUUGUUCUGAUAUACGAUUUUCAGCCAUUUAAAAACUUUUUGUUCAGUUUUUCAAACCGUAGUUCCAAGAAAUAAUAAUAAUAUGUUGUACUUAUUAAUUUUUAGAAUCUUUCUAAAAAAUUAGAAGUGCUUGAAAAUGGAUUACCAUAACCGUAUAAAAAGGAAAAAUAUAUUUGAAAUCUAAUUUAUUUGCUUGUUUCCCAUUUGUAUAACACUUCUUUAGAAGCCAAGGAAUUGUGAAUUUGCAAAAAUAUCUAAUUGCCCAAGUAUCUGCUUGGUAACGGAUGUCUGUUACAGGGUAAUUUAAGAUGGAAACUUCAUUAAGUACACCAGAUGAAAUUUUCAAGUUACAAAAAGUUUGAACCUAUGCCAGAAAAAUACUAGUCUCCUUGUUGGAGACCUAGCAGCUUAGACCCAUUGUCUAUCCUGACUUCUUUCUUUAAAAUAUAUUUUUGACAUUGGUUGAUUUGAAAGGAUAACAGGAUUUCAGGCAUUUACCAUCAUAAGUUUGACAACAGAAUUAGUUCAAGCAUUUACCUGUUGUUUAUGGCUGCAUGAAGAAUAAAACCUGUAAGAUUUCAAAAUACAAGCACAAUACACAAAACAUGUUAUACACAUCACUGGAGAUGAGAGACACCUGAAGAAGAAGAUAUGCUUACAGUCUGACAAGACUGACUAUAACUUUGCUGCCCUUUGACCUUUUGAUCCCAAAAUUAUCACAGUUCUUCCUUUAACCACAGAAACCUAUGCACCAAAUUUCAAGUCUCUAGGACCUUUCUAUGAAAAAUUAUCUUACCUAUUGCAUUGAAAUGCUAAAUAAUAUCAUUUAAGACAUGUUCAUUUUUUCAUUUAAGACAUUAUUUUAUGAAUCUUCAUUGAAUUUUCAAUCAUUUUCCCUUAAACAUAAAAGACAAAGAUACAGUCUUGUAGUCAUAUUAACCCCUUCAUAGCUUUAGAUGUAAUAUUAUGUUCAUAGCAAUUGCUUAAAAUUGUGCUACUGACAUAAUAUUACACAUCGUUAUAUUGUUCCUGUUUUAUUCUGUUGCCUACCAUAAUAUUGCGCAAGAAGCAUUUCUAUAACAACCACGCAUUGCACAAGUAAUUCCGGCAAAUUGAACUUGGAUGUCUUCCUUGGUCCUCUGUUAUGAGUGGUUUGCUCUCCUUGGUGAGUUUGCUUUAGUCUCACAGUGCAAACAGCUACUUCAUGUUGUUGUUGCAUGUCACCUGUCCUGGAGUAUUUUAUUUCUAGUGUUUAUUUUACGAUCUAAAUAUCCGACGCACAACUAGGCGAUCAGCUUCAUUUGAAUUUAAACAAUAAGUCUUUUGGGUCCAACAGCUACAAAUAACAAAAAUUAAAAAAAAAAAUCCUAAAAAUAACUUUUGUGCUAACAAAGAAUAUAUCUACACUCUACAAACCUGUCUCUGUAAAAAACUCAGAAAAGCAACAUAAUUUUAGGCACAAAAAAGUGGUUAA